AGCAGGCAAAGAGAGUAGGCAGGGAGCCAGUCGUAUGCGAACCGCUGAGAAGCGUGCAUUGUAAUUUUGACUCGUGACCAAAGUUUCGAUUCGAUACAGCUAGAAUAUUUGUGUUUGAAACUAAACAAAAAUUUCACAGCGUUUAAAGCGGAAAAACGAAAUUCGCCUCUGUCGCAAAAUAUUCAUUGUCUAGGUGUGUCGGCACCUAAAAUUCCAAACGAACGAUCAAGCAAGAAAAACGAGAGUAAAAACCUCCGGUUAAAAAUGGUGCUUUCAGAGUGUUACGGUAUUGUCAAGUACACCCUUGUCUUCGUGAAUUUCAUAUUCUGGGCACUGGGACUGACCACGGUUGUUCUUGCAAUAUGGAUGCUGGUGGACCAAACGUUCCUCGUGUCUCUGGCUCAGGAACAGCAGAAUUACAAUGCCGGUCUCUAUAUUAUGCUCGCCGCUGGAAGCCUCCUGCUGGUCGUUUCAUUCCUCGGCUGUUGCGGCGCCUUCCGCGAGUCGCAGUGCAUGCUCGUGGGCUUCUUUAGCUGUCUGCUGGUCGUCGUUGUUGCGCAAAUCGCAGCCGGGGCUUGGCUUUACAGCAACAGCGAUCGUCUCGAAGGAUUGGUCAAAUCAUCGGUGAUCAGUACCGUGAAAAACGAGUAUGGCAAGAUCGAGUCCCGAACCCAGACGGUGGACGCAUUUCAGUCGGGUUUGGAAUGUUGCGGUGCAACAGGGCCAGCUGACUGGGCCGGAAGUAAAUAUUCUCAGUCGAGCGGUUUGAGUUUGACAGUAUCGACGGAUUCGAACAAUUACUACAACAUACCGGCAUCUUGUUGCAAAGUUAAGGACUCUGCAGGUUGUAAUUUGUCGCGUCGAGUGAAAGUUGCUGACGUUGUGAGCUCCGACAUUUAUGGCGAGGGUUGCGUGGACAAAUUGGCGAACGCUUUGAAAAGUCAAGCGUUCACAAUACUAGCGGUGACGAUUGGAAUUGGAAUUCUGGAAUUGAUCGGGCUCAUAUUUGCUUUGAUACUAUGCUGCGCAAUCGGCUCUUCGGAUCGAUACAAAGCUUAAGGAGAUUUUGAGCGAAGAAUAACAGAAGCAAAUGAUAAUUGGUAGUCCUCCUCGCCACCGCUAAACAUCUACGCCGUUGGCCCCCCCCCCCUGCCGCCACCUUUUCCCAAACUAAACAUCCCACGGCUCGUAAUAACGCUGAUUUAUGAUUUAUUUCAUAAUAUUAGUUCUGUGCCAAGAUUCGUGGGGUAACUUGUCUGUUUGCAUGUGUGCCUGCGUGCGUGCGUGCGUCCGUUUCGCGUCGUUUUAUUCGACAAUCCAGUGAAUGAUUUUGUCGCCCACGGUGGUUAAUUAUCACGUGGACAGAAAUUCUACGAUGGAGAUACGAGAAAAUAAUAAAAAUAAAGCCACAAACACAAAACUGACAGCACCACACUUUUGUGUGACGUCAAAAAAUUAACAAAAUGUCGUGAAUAUCGUCGGUAUUAAUGUCUGUCUUUACUCAAUAAGCAGAUGGAUCAACCAUCCCUCAAAAUAUCCUCCACGGAUUCAGACUCGCCACUAUUUUCGACGAAAUGGAAGAAAAAACAAUGAAAAUUUGAUCAAUCUCACGGAAAGUCAGCGAGAUGAAAAAAAAAGAUAAACAAAAUAAGAAAAGGGAAGAACACGAAAACACGAAAACAACAAUAAAUUCUUCAGUCUAUGAUCAAUCUACCAAAGAUUUAUUUUUUCUUUCGCGUUGAUCGAUUUUGCAUUUCAUGGAAUCUCAAAAAAGACUGCUUUUCAACGUGAAUUUAAAAAUCUAUAGUUGAAUAUCGACUGAACUCACCUUCGAUCAACGCUUGUACAGAGAAUUUGUAUUAAACAUAAAAAAAAACUAAAAAUAUUUGGAUAUUAAUAUUAUUAUUAUUAUUUUCGCACAAUCAAUGUUUUCGAAGGUAGCGAUUGUUUGUUGUUUUUUUCUCAAUAUUUACUGCGUUCAAUAUUUUAAUAAGCGUACAAGGAGUGUCUGAUGAUGAUAAAUUGAUUUUUUUAUUUUCAAGAAUCUCAAGCCUUCAAGUCGAAUUUUGUUAAUUUCUUUUUCUCAGAUACUCCGAACUGAAUUCUCGUUUUCUUUCGAUGUAUAUCACAAAACACUGUACAUCAACUCGAACAUCGCUGACCCAAACUGUCUGUACACGUAUUUAUUUAGUGACAAUUUGCGUACGUGAACUAUUUGCGAUAAAUGAAAAUUAACACGUUUGUAUACUUUACAAACUCUACAAAAAGAUAUUCUAUAUAUAUCGUUUUUGAAUAUAUAUAUUUAUACACACACACACACACACACAAAAUGAUUACACUUUGAAUUAUCGUGUAACGUUUCUUUUGAUAAAUCUGACGUUUUUUGUGUGAAAUUGUCUUAACGCACGAUUGAAAAUGUUUGGAUGAGUAAACAAGAAAUAAAAAAAAAAAUUUAAAUCGAUAUAUCGGUUGCCCAGAGUGCGUGUCCAGUGGCACUUUCGAAAUAUUCCGUUUCGAGUCUUGAUGAUAAUCAUUCUGUGCGCCUCAUCGUUACACCAUUGUAUUCUACAACCAUGACAAAGAUUUAAUGUUUCAAAAGAUGGUUAUAUAUGGAUAUAUAUAUAUAUAUAUAAAUAUUAUAUGUAUAAUAUAUAUUUAAAGAGAAAAAAACAUGACGUAGAGGAAAGAACGUCGGUGUUAGGUCGACGAGAGUCUUUGUUAUGAGAUGGAUGCGUAGAACGUGGUUUAUCACCACCAUUUAUGCAGGCGUUUAAAGGGUGUACGUGGGCAUAAAGUUUCAAGCUUAUAAAAUUAUUUGACAAGUGUAUUUUAUAAUUGGAAUAUUUCUUUGCGUUUUGCCCUUCCGAAUCGAUCUCGAUUCGAGUUCUCUCGUGAUGCUUAAAAGAGCCUGCAUUAUUUGCUGAUCAAUCGAUUCUUCGUUUUUGCAUUGAAGCAUCAAUCGUAAUGCAAUGAGUCAUAAAUUUAAGUUCAUAAGUAUAGCUUACUUCAAAGAUUUAUAUUAUUAAUAUAUAAACGAGGAAGAAAUAAAAUUAAAAAAAAAAAAGAAACCCUUUAAGCUUAAGACACGCGUUUAAUAUUAGUUCGCUAACGUUCGUGAUUGCUGUUUAUGGCUAUGCGAAUGAUCGAGACCAUCGGUGUCGAUAGUCGAUGAUUCGAGCGUCGAGUAUGCGCAGACCUUUCGUAACGGUGGCCUCCGGUCUCAUUAGUCUUUUCAUUUUCGCACUAUUAGCUAUUAUUAUUUAUAAAAUAUGAAAGGGAAAAAAGGAGCUUGAAAUCGACUCAAGAAAGACGACGUUUCGGUAAUCGCUAAAGAACUUUAAUGUUUGUGCGUAAAACAGCAAUCUCUGGUCCAUUCUAUAGUAAUAUAAAAUAUAAAUAUAUACAUGUGUGUGUACGUGUGUGUCCUUUGACAAAAAAAUUAUAUUUUCGUAACCGAAGAGUACGCGCAUUUACUUUUAUAUAAAUUAUUGUACUCCCAGGCUGCAUUGUAUAAAUACCAAUGUCUGAUCGAAAAAAUACAAAGAUAAAAGAAUGUCCAAUA